GGUCCCGUUCGGUACAAGUUUUCAUGUACCGAUACACUCCCUAGCGACGGAUACGUAAUGUAUUGUAUAAGUGCGCGGAAAUAGUAAUUGUGGAGUCCGGGGAUUACAUGAAACGAGUCGUCAUGUAGGUUUAUCGCAUGUUUUUACAUUUCAUCAUAUAAAUAUCACCUUCUACCCUUUCUAAACGUCGAUUCAAGCUUCCUUCCUAUCACCCUAAUCUAACCUCGAUUACCCCAUAACUCUCCACAAUGUCCUCUAUCUUAAAAUUGAACGCUAUCAAGACCUCUGCCAGAUGUUUCAUCAAGAACACCUCGGCUGUCAACAGGGGCUUCUCGUCUACCCACGCUGUCCACUACACUCCAACAGCUUCUGAGAAUGAAAACUCGACCGUUAUCUUUAGAAACAACCACGCUCAAAACUUGCACCAUGAGCCAAUCAGCGAGAGCCACUGUGCCCACACGCUUGCGCAAAAAGCCCAGUCUUCUAACUGGUUUCCUUCUGUUUCGUCCAAUUCUGAGGAAAUCCACUUCCACGGCUCCGUCCACAGGGAUUAAAUACCCGCAUUUAUUCCAAUGCAUUUUAUGACCUUCAAUUCAACUCUUACGACCCCCUCUUCCACUCUUCUGAUGCCCUUUGUUGCUACGUUCCCAAUCUAGUUCUUGUAUGGUUUGAUACCUACAACGCAUGCUUUAUGUUCAGUUUUUUAUGAUUAUGUUAACGAGUGUCUCGAGUUUAGGAGACCAACGAUAUCUUACGA